AUGGCUGGAAGAUCUCGCGAGGUUGAUAGCGAGUCACCAACUCUGGGAAGCUACUAUGCCAGCCUUCGAGGAUCUCACGGAGGCCCCUUGGAGGAGAAAUUCAAAGAUAUUGAUGAGCAGACGACCUUUGUGGAAUACAUGCAGCGCUUACGGAAUUCAAAGACUCGCAAUUUCAUACUAGACUUUGGAAAUGAAGAUGCUUUCUGCGCUACAGAUCUGGAUACGGAGGACUUUCAAAACAUACAGAAUUCAACCAAACCAAAAUGCUUGGGAACCAGGUGGAUCCAUAUCUGGAAUCCUGAGCAGCAAAAAGACAUCAUCAAGACCAUCACAUCCCACUACGGAGUCUCUGAAAGACUCCAAGGCAUGAUGUAUACAGAGCCUUAUCACGACUACACGCCACCACCCCCUCAAGCAACAAAUAGAAGUCUCUCCCGGCGAUCCAAACAUCUGGCACCGCAAACGGUGGAGGUUGAGCUCGACGACGUGGAGAGCAAAUCUGCCUUGACCAAGGCUUACCAAUCUAGGUCGUUCGAAAGCCUCACAUUUGGAGAAGUCACUGACCAGAUAUGGCAUUUUUCUUCGGUGGAUUAUGGGUCUCGGUAUACUUGUGUGGGCUACAACACAUUAUUCGUCGCACCCGACGUGGUUGUGGAAAACGGCCAGGACCUGCCCGAAGGUACACGACUCUGGUCAUGGCUGAUUCUUUGCGACGAUGGAACACUUAUUUCAAUCCAGGAAAAUCCAGCCCGACAAAUCGAAAGACUGACUGAGAAGGAGCAACUGGCCGUAUUAGAUGUUGUCCGUCGCAAUAUUCGAUUCAUUUUCUCUGGUAUCUCGAAACAACACGCCAAUUAUUCUCCAAAAGACUCGUUGGUGACCGUCCGAGUGAGACAAUUCCACGAUGUUGGGCCAGACCAGGCAACGAUUAAGCAGGAGGAUGGCUCAAGUCUGCUCUUUUACUACCUGUUUGAUGAUUGGGUGUCGAGUUUUGGGUUGAUUGCUAAGCGUCAGCACCAAUAUGGAGUGUCGCUUGAGCAGCUUAGAAAGCAAAUGCUCGAUCGACCCGUUGUUGAUCUCGUUGAUGAGCUCCACUGGCUGGGCCGACGACUUGGCGUGCUCAAACGUCUAUAUCAGAGCUACGAGCUUGUCAUGCGACGGCUUCUGCAAAGACAGAGGCUCUUACGCGAUGAGGCCAAGGCUUUCAAGCCUCAGGGUUUCUCGAUUGGCAACACGUUUUCAGAAUCUGAUUUGACAGAGCUUCGACAAGGCGGUCUUGUGAGCGAAGGCAGUCCUUUUGGUUUGCAUGACAAGCCGGUUGGGGUCGCUCUGAGUUCGGCGGCGGUGGCGCGAUUUGAGCGUCUGGUUGACCGCAUCAAUCUCUACUGUUUGAGCGAAAUUGACACCUGCCUUGUAGAAAAGGAAUCUUUGACGUUUCUGAACUUCAACUUGAUCGCACUGAAAGACUCUCAAGCGGUCGAGAAGCUGACUCGAAUCACCAUCUUGCUCGCCAAAGCGACCAUGCUUUUUCUACCCGUUAGCUUGAUGACUGGCUAUUUCUCUACCGAACUCCAAGGCGUCAAGAACGGAUACACCCAGGCUCAAUACUGGGUCGCCUUUGCCGUGAUCUUUGUGUUGACAGUGCUUGCUUUGACCAUCUUUGGAUUUGCCAGUGACACGGUCGAGGGCAAGACGAUCUACCGGUCUCUUGUCAAAACCUUCUUCCGGAGAUCACGAGACAGGAUCACCGGACGUGGACGACGCCGGGCUGAUGAGCAGUCAUAG